CUUGUCACUCCUUCGUCAUGACCUUUGUAUGCAGUUCGCGUCGGUACAACAGGAACCGCAUUACGAAGCGCAGAACCAUAUGAAACCAAGGUUCCAAGCAAAGACUGUCCGCGAUCGAGUGCACGACGGCAUAGUGUUUGUUUAAGCUUUUGUUGUAGACGAACAAAUUACGGGAACGCGAGGAGUUUUCAGUGUAGGCGGUGGCCGCAUUAUUCAGUUACAGUGGUAUUCCCAUAGACAAUAAAUACAUGUUGAUAAAAUUCAUCGGCCAUUACAAAACGAAAGAGAAAACGGCGUAGCGGACACUCGAAUGUGAGGGCCCGGAAGGAGAUAAAGGGACAAUGGGCACGAAAGUACUCAUCGAGAUGCAGCAGCAGUUAAGACACGCCAUGUCUAGCUCGGAUAACGCGCCGACUAGCACGAAAAAAUUGGACGACACGGAGAACGUCGAUAACUCAAUAUUUCUAGUCUUCGAGGAUAUUUCCUACAGUGCGCGACCAUGGAUCCUUUCCACAGAAAAAGCGGAGUUGUUGAAAAAUUUGAGCGGGGAAUUCAGAGCUGGCGAACUCACGGCGAUUAUGGGCCUGUCCGGCGCUGGAAAGUCGACGCUAAUGGACGUUUUGGCUGGUUUUACAACGGCCGGCGUUACCGGGAACAUAAGAGUCAAUUCGAAGAUCAGGAACGUCACCGAGUUUAGAAGAUCGUCCGCGUAUAUAAUGCAAAACGACAAUUUGCAGCCACUGUUGACGGUCCAGGAAGCCAUGAGGGUCGCUGCCGAUCUUAAGCUUACCGUAAGCCACAGAGAGAAGAAGCAGAAGAUCGAUCAGAUUUUGGUCGCGAUGAGCCUCGACACGUGCCGCCAUACCCGUACAGGACAACUCAGCGGCGGAGAAAGGAAAAGACUCGCCAUCGCGUUGGAAUUGAUCAACAGUCCACCGAUUAUGUUCCUGGACGAGCCCACCAGCGGAUUGGACAGCGUCACGUCAAAGUAUUGUAUAACGUUGCUAAAGCAGUUGGCGAAGGCGGGACAGACGAUAAUUUGUUCGAUUCAUCAGCCGAGCGCGUCUCUCUUGAACAUGAUAGACCAUAUUUACGUGGUGGCGAACGGAUUCUGCGUCUACAGCGGCAGCACGCAAAAUUUAGUGCCCUAUUUGAGCAACUUGGGCCUCCAGUGUCCGAUGCAUUACAAUCCUGCCGACUACCUCAUGGAAAUUUGCAAUGGAGAUUACGGUAAACACGUGUUGAGAUUAGUAGACGCCAUCGAGAAUGGUAAAAAUAAUGCUUGGAGGUCGUCGAGCAACGUAACCACGGUCAAUUGUCAAGAGGAAGUUAUCGCUUUAAAUGUAACAGCGUCGUUCCAAGCGCUCCGACGACGAUCCCCGAUGGGAAGUCCUCACAAAAAGUGCAAGGGCUCUUCAGAAUAUGCCGCCAACUUUUGGAAACAAAUGAUCAUUCUCCUCAAGAGAAACGCAAUUAGGCUCUCUCGGGACAGGGUGUUGACUUUUACACGGCUCUCGAUGCAUUUUAUAAUUGCCCUGCUGGUGGGGACCAUCUACUUCAAAAUCGGACAAGACGCAGUGUACGUGCUGGAUAAUUUUAAUCUUCUGUUCUUCAACAUAAUGUUUCUCAUGUUCAGCGCAUUCAGCGCGACGGUAACGACAUUUCCCUCGGAGCUACCAAUCAUCACGCGCGAGCACUUCAAUCGUUGGUACAAAUUACACUCUUUUUACCUUGCCAAUAAACUGGCCGACUUGCCGAUUCAAUUCGCCGCCAUUUCCAUGUACAUUCUCAUAGUGUAUUACAUGAGCGAUCAACUGUUGGAACUUCGACGAUUUUGUCUGUACACGUUGAUGUGCUUCGCCAUUAGCAUGGUCGCGCAAACGUUUGGCCUUUUAGUCGGAACCGGAAUGAAAGUUCAGCACGGAAUGAUCUUCGGCCCACUUACGAUUCUUCCGUUCUUAAUAUUCAGUGGAUUCUUUGUCCAAUUCAGGGACGCGCAUCCGUACCUACGCUGGCUGUUCCACUUGUCGUUUCUUAAAUACGGAUUCGAGGGUGUAAUGGUCGCCAUGUACGGCUACGAUAGACCAAAGCUUUCGUGUUCGGACGUUUAUUGCCAUUUCGCCGUGCCAGAGAAGCUCCUAAGCGCUGUGGGCAUGAAGCAAGCCGACUAUUGGUUUUGCAUGAUCGUUUUAACGUGUCUGUACCUGGUAUUAGACAUAGGAGCGUUCGCGUUAUUGAAACUAAAGCUUGAGAAACGGUUGUAAGGAUUAAAAAAAAAGAAAAAAGGGACGGAAUUAUUAAGUGAGAUUCAGCGAACCAAGAUUUUUCACAAUUGAUUCGUGUUCCGAGUGCAAAAUAGAACAGUAUAAAUGAAUUAUCGUGAAAGACUGACUUGCUUUUAAAACAUUUUGUGUAAUAGGAGAUGAAAAUUUUAUAAAGACUGUUUGCCGAAUAGGGGAAAAAAAUGAAAAUAAUAAUCGUUGCAUUUAUUGCAGUACGUUAAGAAUGGAAGAAAAGCAACGGCUAUAUAUUAUUCGUGAUGCACGAUGAUUCUGUAGGCGUGCUUGUGUCCGCACUAGGCGCUCUGAGGCAUAAAUAAAAACUUUCUUAUCUCGAGAUAGCGGUAUCGUGGAUCAAUGAUAUACUUCCGAUGCUGUGUUUCAUUGUACACGAUAAGAGUCGAGUUCAUUUUUUUUCAUUUUUUUUUUGUUUUUUUUUUUUGUUAUAAAUUACGUUCACAGAAACUACCGAGAGAAGUGACGCCUUCUAGAAUAUAAUUAGUUGUAUCUUUUGUACAUCACGUAUUUACGUUAAUAAAUCUAAGGUAUACAUAUGUGAAUAAAGAAGCGAAUGUACUAUACACGCCACCGUUGUAAGUCAAAUUAACCGAUGACUGCUUUGUUUAUUCAAAGAUUGAUCGUUACACGACAAGGGUAGUAUUAAAUCAAUUUCGAGACACAUGCCGUAUCAAUCUACUCGUUUUUAUUAUUUCGUCAGAAUUUAGAACGUGAGUUUUGUCAAACGUUUACCAGAUUUUAUAGAAAAUUUCAUUUUCGUAGAAGAAUCGCUCGAUAGAAAUUCAUCGUUAUUUUGUUCUUUUAUUGCUUCAUAUAUUAAGGAUUGAAAGUUAUAUGCGAUUCGUUGGAAUAAUCUUACAUAAAAUAAUCUUAAAUCGAUAAGUCCAAGGAGAAAUAUUUUCUUAAUAGUAUCAAGGUUUCAAACAUCAGAACAUCGAGUAUAGUCGUAACUUUAAAAGGUACAAUGUACAAAGUCAAAAGAUUUUACUCGUCAGAAGUUUAUGCAUGGAAUUUUAAAAGUGCAAAUGCACGUGUUUGUAAUCGUGACAAAUAAAAAUAUGUCGGCAUGUUUUGAUUAAUUAGUUUAAGAUAUAUAUUUGAUAUAUUGAUUAAGGAAAUCUAUGCUGCCCUUGCUAACAUGCUUAGAUCGAUAUCGAACGGUUUCUCUUUUUUCUUGUUGAAUGGAGAAAAAAUUGAUUAUGUUAAAUAGCAUUGAUUGCACGAUAUGCAAAUUCGUAAUUGCGUAAUUUUGUACGUUUAUAGCGUACGUUAGUGUGGGAAGCAUAUACAGAAUAUAUUAUAUGAAACAAACAUAACGAUUAAUAUUAUAUUAAUAUAUAAUUUUGUGUAAGUACGUGUAUACUGUAUACGUGUAGCGUACGCUUUGAACGACUGAAAUCGAUGCCCUGUUAAUUAAAAUGAAACAUAUUCCGUGUGAGAUUACAAAUGCGCAGCUUGUUAUUCAAAAUAAGCGAUAUCCGAAUUGAAUAAAAUUAGAAAAUAAUGAAA